UGGACAAACAAGACAAAUCAAAAUUGAAAUUCUGCCACACACGUCUGAGCGGACAUUGAACCCUAAUUUCGUCGAUUCAGUUUCAUUUCACCAUCUCUCUCUUUUCCCUCAAGCUAUCCAAUUCAAUCUCCUUCUCGAACCAAUCCUCUCAAUCUCAGCCCCUCACACAAAGCGAUUUAUCUCUGUCGCACCGGUUCCUGUUCCCCGAUCCGCCGCCUUUUCGCUCGUUCAAGGUACGUAUCCCGCCAGUUCCUUCAACCUCGUUUGUUUUGCUGUAUCUGUUCGUUGUCGAUAGUAAAUUCAAAUAUUGGGAUUGGAAUGUACAUCUCUUAGAGAUUGACCUUGGAAUCGGGGUAUCCGUUUGGGAUUGGAGGAUUACAUGCGGCCAGAUUGCUGUGUCGUGAUCUGCGUUUGGGCGUGUAAUUGGUGAUCGCUCCUUAAGUUUAUUCAUAUAGCCGGAUUGGUAUCUGGAGUUUUGUGCACUUGUUGUACCGAUGAGUCAUAUUUUUUUUUUUCUCUAGGAUAAUAUAUUUACCCUGAAUAAUGUGAGGAUAUAAAUUAAAUGUAUGGAUAUCUAUUAUACCUUUUUUUUGUUUUGCCAUCUUCAUUUAUUAGAAGAACUCUUUCAAUGCUUCAAAUGACAUCUUCUGAUGGAUUGGGCAUUGGUUAGGCUAGAUUUGGCGGAGCACUCUGAAUAUGUUUGUUUAAUUUCUAGACUAUAUUUUUUCAUGCUCUGGAUUAUUUGCCGAGCUUAAAUGUUUUCUGCAAGCUGUUAGUUAAUGCAGCACUGUUGUUCCUACCUCCUUGAAAUUAGACAAUACCGCAAAUUCAUUUAGAACUCUGAUUCAAAGUUGGAUUGCCCAAUACAUCCUUCUAUUUCUAGUUAGAGCUGGAUAUUUUGGAAUGGUUGUUUUUAUUGCAUUCGUUAACUAAGCCUUUUCAAUUAAGGUGGUUUUGAAUUUUUUUGCAUUCUUUAACUAAGUUUAUUCACAUUGCUCUGAUUCUUAGGUUUUGGAAUCAGAAACAGAGAUAUGUCUCCUGCAUCUAGAAAGUCCAAGGACAAAAAGUCUGGGAAGGAACCCCCUAAGACCCCUUCAAAGUCUUUGAACCAGGCAAAUCUUAGUGGUGGGACCCUGACCAGUGGAUACAAUCCAAUUUUGGGAACAUUUCAUGCUCUGGACUCCGUACCUGGUUCUUCUGCCUCUUCACUUCAUGCUAAUGGCCGCUUCAAAAACAUAGAUGAGACGGAUGAUCAAAGUAGCAACUCGUUUGGAAACGGCGGGGAGUAUGAUUCUGUUUCGAACAAUGGUAGCUGGUCUGGUGAGUCAGAGGACCACAAAGAAAAAACAUCUCACCCUCCUACCCCCAAACAAGAAACAGUGCCUGGUGCUGAUAAUGACAAACGCGAAAAAAUCCGUCAAAAGAAUGAGAAAAAACAUCAACGCCAAAAGGAGAGACGGGCCCAAGAACUGCAUGAAAAGUGCAGUGGGUAUUUAAUGUCAAGAAAGUUGGAAUCACUUGCUCAACAGCUUGUGGCAAUGGGAUUCUCUUCAGAACGAGCAACAAUGGCUCUCAUUCUGAAUGAAGGAAGAGUAGAGGAAUCAGUGGCGUGGCUGUUUGAAGAAGGUGAAGAAGCAGAUAACAAUAAGCGCAAAGAACACAAAAUUGACGGUGGUGGAGGUAAUUUGAAAAUCGAUAUAUCCGAUGAGCUUUCUCGUAUUACAGACAUUGAGAGUAGGUAUAAGUGCUCCAAGCAGGAGGUUGAGAGGGUCGUGGUUGCCUGUGAAGGUGAUCUCAAUAAGGCUGAAGAAACUCUUCGGGCGCAAAAGCAGGAUACUGCAAAUAGCGUGCAAUCAAAACCAGAUGAAACCAGUAAACCCCCAUUGACCACUAGUAAUCAGAUAUCAACAAUUCUAUCUGCAAAACCUGCUCCAUUGGUCUCUAUACAGCAGCGUAAGGAUGAAAAAAUACCAAAUACUUCUAUAGAUCCAGCAGGCAAAAGUAUACAACAAUCAUCAAAGGGAAUCCAACCAAAAACAGAAUGGGUCAAGCCGGCACCACCAGCAAUCACUCCUUCUCCUGAUAAGCGAUGGCCAAGUGCAAUAAUAUCAAAUGCAUCUUCAUAUAAUUCUUUAACUACUUCACAAACCCCACCACCUCCAGCAGUGAUGGUGACUAGUGAACCUCAUAGAUACAUAGCUGUUGGGAAUGAACUGAAGAACCUACAGCUAGGAAGCAUUAAAGAACCGGUUAUAGUAAUGCAACGACCACAGCAACAGUCCAUCAAUGCAAAGCAACAGGGGGUUCCACCAUCAACCAUAGUAAGCUCAUCACCUCCUGGUGGAGGGGGGUGGUACCUACAUGGUGUUGAACCUAUGAAGCCUGAUGGGAUGGUGACACAUGUUCCAGGCAUGAGAAACCCUAGCCAUGACAGUUUCAGUACAUCAAACCAAUUAUUAUUCAGUCAUCAUCAUUAUCUCCCGCAACAGUAUCAAAAUGUGUCAAGUAAUGGGGGCGCACAUGAAUCCCCAGGAAUUAGCAGCAGGGGAAACAGUAUAUGGAGUAGUAGAACUGGUGGUAGUACAUUUCAGCCUCAUACAGUUGCUGCGGCUUCCUCCCUUGGGCUCUUCUCUGGGUUAGGCAGCCACAGCCCAUUAGGUCCGCCUUCUCCUCAUGUGGAUUGGAACAGUGGGUUUUCAGUGCCGCAUCUGGAUUACAACACCAUAGACUGGAGUCUGGGUUCUAAUUUCUCUUCAUCAGCUCCGUCGGGAGGCCUGUGGUCGAAAAUGAACCCACCCAUGCAAAACAACCACCAACACCAUACAUUUCCGCCGGGAAGGGUUGCUAUGGGACCCAUUUUGUCUGAUGGCAUUUCAAUUCCUACCAGGUUGCAGGAAGGGAUGGGUUCGGCCGUGGAAACAUCAGCUGGUGGGGUGUCACGUGAGUGGACUUCUCCUUUCGAAGAGAAGGAUCUUUUUAGUUUGCCCCGGCAAUUUGUUUCCUCUCCUUCCUUAUAGGGAUAUAGGGGCGGGGGAUAAGUUUGAUGGUUGAAUAAAAGGAAAAAAGAAAGAGACAUUAAGAUGUGCUUGGAUUUGGUGUUGGCGUUGUUUGAUCAUAUAUGAAUAUGCUUUUCCCCUUGUUAAUGGUUGUCUUGAUCAAUUCUAGUGCAAUAUGCUCUUUCAAAAAUUCUUUGCUUAUCUUCCUCUUUCACGUUCCAUGAAAAUGCUUUGCAAGGACUUGU